AUGUUCAGUGGUUUCCGUAAGCCUUCACGUUUGCGUUGGCCUAAACUGGAGCGGGCCAAGAGAAGAAACAAGGAGAAAAGGGAGACUAUGAUUGUCUUCGUCUAUGACACAGAAUGUCUCAAGGACGAAGCAGAUGAUCCGGUGAAAGCAGUGCUCUACUUUCACCCAAGUUGGGUAUCAGACACUCAGAAAGUGGCGCUUUGUGGGCAACUAAUGGGUACAUCAUACUUCCUCAAGGACUGUUUCUGCAAACCGAAAAUUAUGGCUUUGCAAAACGGUAAAUUUGUGUUAAAGGAAUUUGGCAGAUUUACCUUGGCUGUCGGCACGGACCGCAACAUAUCAGAUUAUUUACUCGAAAAACGUGCAGAUUUGCUUGCCUCUCUUGUGAAAUUCUUCCAUCGUGAUUUGCAAAGCCUCUUCGAUCAGUUUCCACAACAAGCGCAAUGUAAGAAUCUCUCCGAAAAGCUAUAUCACAUUUUCGAAACAUAUCUUCCGAUUUUGCAACGUAACGGAAAUAUUUUCCAAAACGUACCCAAGCUGCGUAUGCCGAAGGCGGCUAGCAAUAUAUUUUUGGAUGCCAUACAAACAUUACAGUGCUGUCAGCAGACCACUGGCAUAUUGGGCGGCGCCGUACUUUACCAUAACAAAGUGGUUGCAUCUCAAUUGGGCGAUACUAUAACUAAGCAGCUUGUUUUAACGGAUCCGUUGCACAUACGCACUACCGCCGAACUGAUACACAUCACAGAUUUUCACAUACCCAACGGCGUACAAAUGCUAGUGGUUUAUGUGGAUGUGCCACAAUAUAACCGAUUAGCAGCAGAUGCACAGCGCGCUCAAACAUUACAGACCACACAACUGUCACAGGGUCUGUUUCCGUUUCAGUAUGCGAAGCGUAAACUGAAACGCGAUAAAUCGUUAAUUUUCACCCACAUACCAGAGGAGAGCAGCACCGCCGGCGGUGCGGCAGGUGAACUUGCGGAGGAGGAGAAGGAGGUGGGACAAACACUCACUACAGUUCGUUCAAAAUCAAUGCUGAUACGCCCCACACAUUUGCCUUUGCGUGUUCGCAACGGUAUGGGCAGUUCGAAAGAGCUGCCUGAAUCAGGCAUUGCUUCGAUAAAUUUCGAUGAGACUGAUUCGUAUCCGGAAUUUAUUGGACGUACUAGUGUGUGUUCCACACCAAUGACUGAAAAUAAAGUUCUUCAAGUAGGGAACAUUAUGUCCAUCUGUGCUAAUCCAGAGGAUGAAAGCAACUCGAAUAAGCUGAAUAUGCAAGAUACCAACCGACGAAAUUCGGUAAAAUUUAGCUUUGAGAAAUUCUUUCAAAAUUUCAUUGCUAAUCCCAAUAAGCAAAUGGAGCGGCGCAACUCUUUCACCGACUUGCAAGAUUCACUCAAGAAGAUCUCGAAGAAAUUAUCACUCAAACACUUUUCGCACAGCUUUAAGACUGACGUCAAUCGCAAUGGCAGCAUUAGCGGCAUUGAGGCCAUGGAAUAUCCUGAUUUUAUCGAGAAUGACGAUGAUGUUGAAGCGGAGCAAAAUUCCGACAACUCUGAUGACAAUAAUCGCACAUCCCGCACCAUAACCGAUCCCACCUAUCCCGUUUUCAAUGAGAAUGGUCAACCAAUUUCGCGUAGCCUCUUCCAAGAGUUCAUAGAAAAAUACUACCGCUUGUGGGUGGAUAAUGGCAGCGGUACUGGCAGCGGUACUGGCAGCGCCAAAAAGGAGGUAGAAAUCGCACAACUCAUUGAGGAAUUCAAGGAGUUCGAUAAGGAGCUUAAAAAACUAGACGAAUCACUGUGCCGUCAGGACCUCGGCGAUAAUUGCAAUAGCACACAACUCAAAACCGAUCGUAACUUGAAUACUGAACCAGCCACAGUGAUGACAAAAGCGAAAACACCAAUUGAUAAGAAAUCACUUAGCCUUCCACUGAAGCCACUCGCCGAUGCAGCAGCCAACAAUGAACGUGAACUGCCUUUUGUUAUAGCGCAUCGUAAGCAGACUGCUGGUGUGCCACUCACACCGCUCAUGGCCAAACUCUCUGUGUUGGCGUUGAAUGAGGAGCACAACGGCAGCGGCACUUGGGAUGCCAAUGCUGUGGAAAUACAAACGCCACUAAACACGUCUAAAGUAUUCUCUCGUCGCAACUCCUUGAUAUGUGAUGACGCUGUGGAUGCCUUAGCGACAUUGUCUACAAACACACAGUCCACAAGGAAUGGUUUGAAGAGACUGGAGUUGUACAUGUGUGGGCAGCAAAAUAUGACCCUGCUGCUGUUAAUGGAAGAGGGAACGGCGCGCCUGCAGCCCGUUGUACAGAAAAUGUUCGAUGUUUGUGUUGCUAAAUUUCCGCAUAUGGAAUCGCAUUUAAAUCAAGCGCUCAAUGUCAAUGUAGAAGGCGAUAAGCGUGACGGCGCCUACAGUUUCAUGAGUAUCGAUGCGAAAUGGGAUACGUUGGAGCGUAAUGGACUAUGGAAUCCGAUGGAAUUGAACAUACUCGAAUGUAUGCAUCAAGAUUUGCAGCCGAACGAUGAGAUCUCUGACUUGAUUUUGAGAUCACACGAUGCAGUCUACUAUGGCUACAAGUCUGGUCGUUCUGAAUUCUUUUACAAGGAAGCCGCACAUUCCACCAACGGCAUACCGCCACCCUCCGAUCCAAUGGGCAAUGUAGCAAUGCGCACCAAAACGCAUCUGGAACGUGAUCAUUCAUACAUUUUAUUUUAAACACGAUAAACGUAUUGGCGAAAGUAAGAUUUUAAAAUAUUGUGUGAAUGAAUGUAUUAUGCUUUCUAAAUUGUAUUUUUAUAAUAGUGACAUUUAGAAAACUAGACUAGAUUUACUAUUAAUACUAUUAUUUAUUACUAUUUAAUAGCAGCAGCCGCAGCAACAACAAAAAUAUGUUUCACUUAAACUCAAUAUUUUUAAUAAAAUAUUUUGUCUAUAGUACUCAAAACUUAAAAAUUAAAUGAUAGACAUGAAGUAAAGAAAUCUUAAGAGUAUAGCUGUUGCUUUUUAUGAACACGACUAAAACAUAUUCAAUAUUGUUAUUUAAGAGGCGCAUGCAAGGCAGGCAAUUUACACCAGGGAUGUUUUCUGUCGCUUCAACAACAACAAUAGUAUAUUAAUUAUGAAAAAAGUAUUUUAUAAUUUUUCUUUUAUCAAAAAUUUAAAUUCACACUGCAAAAAAUUUUGCUAAUUUUUUUCGUAAAGAACAGAUAAUCGAAGAGAAUUGUUGAUUUUUAUUAACAUUUUAUUAUUUAACUAUUAAAAUUUUUUGUCAAUUUAUACCAAA